AUGCCGCAUCCGUUCUCUCUGCGACGGGAGAACUCCUUCAUGAAAGAGAACAAGGGCAAUAUCCCUCUGCGACAUCUGAAUCGCGCACUCUCCAUCCGAUCCAACAAGGGCGGAUCCUCGUCCGCAACCAGCCCCCGCCACGGCUUCAGCUUCAGCUCUCUCCGCGGCACGGUCCAGCCCGAGCUCAGCAAGAAGCUCUACAAGCUCAUCAAGUCGGAGAACCACCUAAUCCAAUCGUACGAAGCCGCCGGCAAGGAGCGCCUCUCCAUCGCAGGGCAGCUCUCCGACUGGGGCGAGGCCACGAACGACGAUUCCGUCAGCGACAUUUCCGACAAGAUUGGAGUUUUGCUAUCUGAGCUCGGCGAGCAGGAGGAUCUUUAUGCGCAUAAUUUGGAUGACAGCCGGGCGGUGUUGAAGGCGAUUCGGAAUACGGAGAAGAGCGUGCAGCCGAGUCGGGACCACAAGGCGAAGAUUGCGGAUGAGAUUGCGAAGUUGAAGAUCAAGGAGCCCGAGAGUGCCAAGUUGGUUACGUUGGAGCAGGAGCUUGUUAGGGCUGAGGCGGAGAAUCUGGUUGCUGAGGCGCAGUUGACUAAUGUGACUAGACAAAAGAUGAAGGAGGCCUACGCCGCCGAGUUCACAGCCACCAUCGAGCGCGCCGAGAAACAAAUCAUCCUCGCGCGCCACGGCCGCCGACUCCUCAACCUUCUCGACGACACGCCCGUCAUCCCCGGCGACGUGCGACCCGCCUACGAGCACGCCGGCCAGGCCCGCCAAAUCUUGAACGAUGCCGAAGACGAUCUCAAGGAUUGGCAGCCUGAGUUGGAGGAUGUUCCUUCUCAGGCUGGGAACCUAGAGGGGAAUCUUAUGCCGAGGUCGGCGAGCCAGAGGGGUACGAGGACGACGGGUGAUGAUAGUGCUGUUGGGGAUGACAGUGUGGUGAGGAAUAAUGAGAGGGAUACGACGACGGGGGUGGAUGGGAGUCGGGUUAGUAGUGGGACGGGGACGUCGGUUGCUACUGGACCGGCUGGUAGGGGGUAUGAGCCUAGUGAGGCGGAGACUUCGCAGGUUGCUUGA